CCUUCUUGUAAUAGGGACGAGGAGGAGCUUUCCUCCCCCAGGAAGUUCUGGAGUGACAUAAAAUCUUGGUAUAAUAGCUUUCAGGGAAGUGGAAGGAGAUUCAUAUUAAGGCAACAGCAGCAACAAGGCAUCACCUGCUGCACACCACACAGCAGUUUCUACCUCUCUGAAUUAAUUCAGUGUGUGAAUCUGCACCACCAGAUAAUGAACCAAAUUUCAGAAGAUUUGGAAACGGCUAUGGAGUUUCUUGAGGAGGAACAGCGAUUCAAGUUUGACCCUGAGAAGGAUUCAAUCGCAGGGAACUGCAUGUUUGGAGUCCCCCUGGACGGCUGGCAUCCUAGCUGCACCACAAGCAGGAAUACAGCCUUUCAAGACAUGUAUCUCCCAUCACAGUACUACACCCUUGACUCGUGUGGGCUUCCUGUCUAUCCCAGUUCUGAUUAUAUAUAUAGCUCCGGUUACUCUGACUUCAGUUCCCCUCCAAUUCCUGACUACAUGUUCAGAGACUUUAACAUUGAGAAGAAAAAGAAAAAAGUUCGCCUCUUCCAGUUCCUCUUCGAAAUGUUAGAAGACCCAGGAAUGAAACACUGCAUCUGGUGGAUACAGCCUACCAGUGGAGUCUUCCAGUUCUCUUCCCAAAAUAAGGAAAAACUUGCUGAGAUCUGGGGGAAAAGAAAAGCCAAUAGAAAACCUAUGACCUACCAAAAAAUGGCCCGGGCUUUGAGGAAUUACUCUCGAACCGGUGAAAUCACCAAAGUCAAACGGAAGCUCACCUAUCAGUUCAACCAGCAAAUCCUGAACAGGUUGAUAGGAAGCUCCUGGAGAACUUUCAAUUGCUGUACCUUUUAAACCCUUAGAGACUGAACUUCAGAUAAAACUGGAUAUGUUUGCACUGAAAGGUAGGCGUAUAGGUUGCAUUCACGGCGUUCCUGAGCCGCAAGGCAAAUAGGAGGUCAACUCCACCGUAUUGUAAAUUUGCUAUGCAUCUUCUACAUGUUUCCACCUUGUUAUUAACAUUAUUAGAGAUUCUCGGAAUAUUAAUAUAAAUUUUUCAUAUCAGACGGAUGCUGUUUAGUCCACGCCUACCAUUUAACAAGAGGCAUAUUUCUCUAAAUAUUAUUGUUAAAGGUUAAUUAUCCAUGCUUUUGAGGUCACACGUUUAAAAAUAAACAGCAGGACUGGAGAUUGAAAGAUUUUUUCCCCCCCCACAGAGAAUACGUAAAUCAAACAUCUAAUAAAAGUGGAUGCUGCUGCUUUAAUUAAGCAACUUCAAAAAAUGAGCCUGUUCACAAAUCUAUUUGUGGACAGUAUUGGAUGAUGCAGUGUUAAAUGUAGAUAAAAAUAUACAAAUUGUAACUUGUUCACUGGAGCAAAUAACUUCUGUAUAGC